UUGGUCAAAAAUAUCAGAGAGGUUAGUUUGCAACAGCUGAUUGAAUAUGAUUCCAAAUUCGCUGGUGCCAACAGAGAAUCGUUCGUCCGAUCUUGGGUUUAUGAACGGCCGGAUGCGGUAUCCAAGGUGGUCGUGAAUUCGAGCAAUGAAAUUGUCGGCUAUGGGACAGGGCGCUUAUUUUCAAUAUGGGAUAGUGCAGGAUUUUCUCCAGUGUACGGCGACAGCGUACUCGUCUUUCUGGCUUUAUUUGGCGCCUUAGCCGAGCAUUUCAAAGAACAAAUCCAGCGAAAAAAUGUAGUAGACUUACGUGUACCAAGUAUCCACUUAAAGGCAGUUCGGUCUGUCUUGCAAGGAAUAGCCGAUGUCAAAGAAGUUCGUUCUUCUUGUAUUUCGCCGAUUGCACUAGAACAGCCUGAUCCUAUCCUGACAUCUUGUUGCCAUCCUGAACUGAUGAUUCCUUAGAU